GCUCCACCAGUGGACUGUUUCAAGUUCCCCCGGCAGAAACUGUGCCUGAUUUGUGGCCAGAGAGCUGGGGAUGUAAGAAAAGGGAGGAAAACACACUAAGCGGGUAGCUAUGGAGAUAGAGCGCGUUCCUGGCCGCUUCCUUUGACAGGUGUUGAGCAGGGUUAAAAGUCUUCAAACAAAGUCCACCAUGUACGCCAAAGGGAAAGGAGCCGUUGUCCCGUCUGAUAGUCAAGCCAGAGAGAAAUUAGCUUUAUAUGUGUACGAGUACUUGCUUCACGUUGGGGCCCAGAAGUCAGCACAGACCUUCCUGUCUGAGAUCCGAUGGGAGAAGAACAUUACACUAGGGGAACCUCCUGGAUUCCUGCAUUCAUGGUGGUGUGUAUUCUGGGAUUUGUACUGCGCCGCUCCAGACCGCCGUGAGACCUGCGAGCACUCCAGCGAGGCCAAGGCUUUCCACGACUACAGUGCAGCAGCCGCCCCCAGCCCUGUAAUGGGCAACAUGCCUCCCAAUGACGGCAUGCCCGGAGGACCCAUGCCUCCCGGCUUCUUUCAGGGCCCUCCCGGCUCGCAGCAGUCACCACACGCACAGCCUCCCCCACACAAUGCCAGCAACCCCAUGAUGGGACCACACGGCCAGCCUUUCAUGUCUCCACGGUAUCCAGGUGGACCACGGCCGUCUCUUCGCAUGCCAAAUCAGCCUCCUGUAGGAGUUCCAGGGUCACAGCCACUCCUGCCAAACAGUUUGGAUCCAACCAGACCACAAGGACAUCCAAACAUGGGCGGCCCAUUGAGAAUGAAUCCUCCGAGGGGGAUGGGGGGCAUGGGCCCUCAGAGCUAUGGGGGCAUGAGACCUCCUCCCAACUCUCUAGGUGGUCCAGGGAUGCCCGGCAUGAACAUGGGGCCUGGAGGACGUGGCCCCUGGCCAAACCCUAAUGCUAACUCGAUAGCAUACUCCUCCUCAUCUCCAGGCAACUAUGUGGGUCCUCCAGGAGGAGGUGGUCCACCAGGAACUCCCAUAAUGCCAAGCCCAGGAGACUCCACAAACUCAAGCGAGAACAUCUAUACGAUGAUGAACCCCAUCGGACCGGGAGGCAACAGACCCAACUUCCCCAUGGGUCCUGGUCCGGAUGGUCCGAUGGGAGGUAUGGGUGGCAUGGAACCCCAUCAUAUGAAUGGAUCAUUAGGUUCUGCUGACAUGGACGGGUUGCCAAAGAAUUCCCCCAAUAACAUGGCAGGCAUGAACAACCCUCCAGGUACACCGCGAGACGACGGAGAAAUGGGGGGCAACUUCCUCAACCCAUUCCAAAGUGAAAGUUAUUCACCCAACAUGACGAUGAGUGUGUGAUUUCCUGUUUGUAUUUUUUAUUCGGGUUUUAAGUUUUGUUUAAUUUUUAAAUCCCUGGUUCCUUUUUAACCCCCGCCACCUCGCUACUCCGCCCACGACACUCGGACCUCACCACACAGCCCUCUGGGAUGCCCCGUGAGCACAGG